GUCCUUCCUCAUCCUCGUCCUUGUCUCUCUCUUUCUCUCUCUUUACUGAUAUUUUCUGCAGGUGCGAUCUUUCCCAAAUCAACUCUAACAUGAUCACGCGAUGAUGCUGAGGUAUCGCAUCUCUGUUCUCUGAAAUUGCGGAAAGAGAAGAAGAUGAAUUUUUUUUGUGACUGAUAUUGAUUACAAUACAUCAUUGCUCAAUGGGGGGAGCUUGUUCUAGGAAGAGAGACCAGCAGGUUAAUGAUGACAAUGUGCUGCGAGGGGUUUCUGGAAAAUAUUGCAAAAGUGGAAGUUCGAAAUGGCUGGGUACUGCAUUUUCCCGGCCUGCUGUAGAUAUUCAACAGGGAGGAGGGAAAUGCCCAUCCCUCAUGGAGUUGUGCAUUUAUAAAAUACGAGAGGACAUUGAUAAAUAUGUGACAUUUUCCAUGCUACCAAGGGACAUUAGUCAGCAGAUAUUCAAUGAAUUGGUCCAUUCGCAAUGUCUAACUGAUAUUUCUCUUGAAUCUUUUCGAGAUUGUGCUCUCCAGGAUGUUCAUUUGGGAGGUUAUCCUGGGGUGAACGACAGUUGGAUGGAUGUCAUCACUUCACAGGGAUCAUCUUUACUUUCUGUGGAUCUUUCUGAGUCUGAUAUAACUGAUUCUGGUUUGAUUCAUCUCAGAGGCUGCACAAACCUCCAAGGAUUAAAUUUUAAUUAUUGUGACCAGAUUUCAAACCAUGGUCUAGAACACAUCAGUGGUCUUUCAAACUUGACCACUUUGAGUUUUAGAAGAAACAAUGCAAUUGAUGCUCAAGGAAUGAGUGCCUUUUCUGGCUUAGUUAAUUUGGUAAAAUUGGACUUAGAGAGAUGCCCAGGGAUCCAUGGUGGUCUCAUUCAUCUUAAAGGGUUAACAAAGCUGGAAUCUCUGAACAUCAACUGGUGUAAUGGCAUAACAGAUGCUGAUAUGAAGGUGCUCUCAGGGCUUAAAAACUUGAAGGGAAUACAAAUUUCCUGUAGCAAGGUUACAGAUGUCGGUGUUACCUAUUUAAAAGGGCUGCACAAGCUUUCUCUAUUGAACAUGGAAGGCUGCCGUGUUACUGCCGCUUGCUUGGACUCUCUUUCAGUUCUUGCUGGGUUGUUAUAUUUGAAUCUGAGCAGAUGUGAUCUAUGUGAUGAUGGAUGUGAAAAGUUUUCUCGACUUGGGAAUUUGAAAGUAUUGAAUUUAGGAUUCAAUGACAUAACAGAUGCAUGUCUGGUACACCUGAAAGGUUUGACAAAUUUGGAGAGCUUAAAUCUGGAUUCAUGUAGGAUUGGUGAUGAAGGGCUGGUUAAUUUGACAGGACCUGACAGAUCCUCAAAACUUGAAGUACUUCAGACCUCCAAAUCUCCAGUGUCUUCUCUCUUCUUCGUGAAUUCUAUUUCAUUCCGUCUUCGGCAGUUGAAAUGUUUGGAGUUGUCUGAUACUGAAGUUGGAAGCAAUGGGCUCCGUCAUCUCUCUGGUUUGCUUAAUUUGGAGAGCAUAAAUCUGUCAUUUACUGUAGUUACUGACAGUGGUUUAAGAAAAUUAUCGGGACUGUCAUCUCUCAAGUCACUCAAUCUGGAUUCUCGCCACAUUACAGAUGCUGGACUAGCGGUUCUAACAAGUUUGACUAAAUUGACUCAUUUGGAUCUUUUUGGAGCUCGCAUCACGGAUUUGGGAACAAACUAUUUGCGAAAUUUUAAGAACCUGCAGUCUCUGGAAAUUUGUGGUGGAGGAUUAACGGAUGCUGGCGUGAGGAAUAUAAAAGAUCUUUCAUCGCUGACUCUUCUAAAUCUGUCACAAAAUUGCGACUUGACAGAUAAGACUUUGGAGUUGAUUUCUGGGUUGACAGCAUUGGUCUCCUUGAACGUUUCAAAUUCUCGUGUCACCAGUGCUGGGUUGAAGCAUCUGAAGCCAUUGAAGAACCUGAAAUCACUGUCACUGGAGUCCUGCAAGGUCACGGCAAAUGACAUUAAGAAGCUUCAUUCAACUGACCUCCCUGGUCUGGUGAACUUCCGGCCUGAAUAGUGUAUAUAAGUCUGGGGUCCUGCAUAGAUUAUCUGUGCAGGCGGGAAGAUUGUGUAUAUAAGAAAAAUAAUGGACCAAUGCAACAUUUGAUGAUUGUACAUAUGGCCAAACGUCAAUGAACAAAAUAUUCUUAUGGGAGGCUGGGACAGAUCUCUAUGCCUGAUGUGAAGCUUUCUUUCGUAUGGAGUAAUUGAGUUCGAAAGGAAAUGUAUAUAGGCUUCCUUGGCAUGGUUCCUAAAUAUGCUGGUUGUCUUACUAGAAAACCUACUGUAAAUAUCACUUUAUUCUGUUGAUUUAAUGGAUGGAAAAAUAAUCUGCUACUGAA